AUGGAGCUGAAUGCCCUGGUGGAAGGGUUCGAGAGAAUUAUACAGACUCUCGAUCAGGUGGUGCAAUUAGCCGAUUUCAAGGACCUUUUACUUGUUAAUAUCCUUACGGCACGGCUCGAUCCCGUUACUCGGAGGGGGUGGGAGGAGAUGUCGGCAUCACGUGAGAAGGAUUCUUUGGUAGACCUGCUUGAUUUCCUUCACCGUAAAAUACAGGUUUUGCAGUGCCUCCCACAGCGGCCCGUGGAUAACAAGGGAAUUCAACAGCACCAACCGCAGCAAAAACAAAAAGAGUUUUUGAUGACCAGGACAAACUGCAAUUCAUCUCAAGUGUCUGGAGGACGCUGUGUAGCUUGCUCGUCGAACCACCCUCUCUACCAAUGUAAUACUUUCCAACACAUGAAUGUGGCCGACAGAGAUGCUUUACUGAAAUCUAACUCGUUAUGCCGAAACUGCUUCAGGGCAGGUCACAUGGCUAAAGAUUGCCAAUCCAAAUAUUCUUGCCGUAAUUGCAAGAGUCGCCACCACACAUUGGUCUGUUUCAAACCGGAAAGGAAUCGUGAUGCAAAGGUUUCAGCUGCUUCUCGUGCUGACAAGCCAGCUAUGCAGGACGAAUCAUCUCAAGUGGCAAACCUGGCUGCCACUAACGUGUUCGUUUCGGGUGCAGAACAUCAAUAUUCUGCUAUGGUUCUGUUAGCUACAGCUGUCGUCAUAAUCGAGGAUGAUGACGGUAACCGGUAUCCUGCCCGCGCUUUACUAGAUUCUGGAUCGGAAAGCAACUUCGUCACUGAACGAUUGAGUCAAAGGCUGAAGGUGAGCCGCGAUCGAAUGGAAGUCUCAGUCCUUGGCAUUGGACAUACGACUACCAAGGUUAAGCAAAAAAUUCGAGCUACGAUACGUUCCCGUAUAUCAUCAUUUUCAAGAGAAUUAAACUUUUUAGUACUUCCGAAGGUCACGGUGAAUCUUCCUACCAGCAAUAUAAAUACGGAGCGGUGGGAGAUUCCGAACGGAGUGCAAUUGGCAGAUCCGACAUUUUUCGAGUCUAAAGCGGUGGACUUGGUACUGGGCAUAGAGGCCUUCUUCGAUUUUUUCGAGACUGGUAGAAGGAUUUCUCUGGGACAACAUAUGCCAACACUCAGUGAAUCCGUUUUCGGUUGGGUUGCCUGCGGCGGGCAUACACAUCAAACACAGUCUCUUCAAAUCAAAUGCAAUCUUUCAGCGGUGGAUAGUUUGGACAAAUUGAUCACCCGGUUUUGGUCUUGCGAGGAAAUAGAGUCUGGUAAGGCUCUUUCAUUGGAGGAAAAGCGUUGCGAAGAGCUGUUUUCGCAAACGAUCAAACGUAACUCUGACGGUAGGUACACCGUCUCCUUAUCAAAGGAUGAAGCCAUUCUCUCAAGGUUAGGCGAGUCACGGGACAUCGCAUUUCGGCGGCUUCAAGGGACGGAGCGUAGAUUGGCCAGAGACGAGUCACUACACGAACAAUACACAAAUUUCAUGCAGGAAUACUUGCAGCUCGGGCAUAUGCGGAAGGUCGAAGAGGCUGAGGUGGAUACAAUUAAGCGAUGCUACCUACCUCAUCAUCCGGUGGUCAAGGAGUCCAGCACCACCACCAAAGUUCGAGUGGUCUUUGACGCUUCCUGUAAAACGACUUCUGGGGAGUCGUUGAACGAUUUGUUACUGGUGGGGCCAGUGAUCCAAGAAGAUCUCCGAUCCAUAAUCCUUCGUAGUCGAACGAAGCAAAUAAUGCUGGUGUCCGACGUGGAAAAAAUGUUCCGUCAACUUAAGGUGUGUCAGGAAGACCGCCCAUUGCAAUGUAUCCUGUGGCGCUCGUCUCCAAUUCAUGAUGUUGACACCUACGAACUGAAUACCGUGACGUACGGUACCAAACCUGCACCAUUCUUGGCGACCAGGACGCUGAAACAACUGGCGGUAGACGAGGAGGAUAAUUUUACGUUCGCUGCAAGGGCUAUUAUGGAGGAUACAUACAUGGACGAUGUAAUAACAGGGUCGGAUGAUCCGGAAUCGGCACGAACUUUGCGGGUUUAA